CCUGUGAAGGAGGAUGGAAAGUUUGGCACUGGCCAGAGAGACGUCUCGAGAGGUGGUAGGACAGGUCGGUGAAGGUGGAGCCUCAUCAGACAUCACCCUCCCUUUUUUUUUCUUUCGCCCCCAAAACAAUAAAAGACUGAGCUCGAAACCAUUAAUCCGGCUGUUGUGAUCGCCGGUACUGGGAAGGGGAAAGUGUGUGUGUGUGUGUGCGCGCUGCCCGGGAAAGGAGACGUCUCAUCGCGGGGUGACAGUGCACCCCAUCCCCCAGCGGCGGUGGAAUAGAAUCUGGCAUGAACAAUUUGAUGACUUUUGAAACUUUCUGCUUCUAAAGCAGUGAUCAUGGCUGACACGAUAUUCGGAAGUGGAACCAAUCAGUGGGUGUGUCCUAAUGACAGGCAACUUGCCCUUCGAGCCAAACUGAAAACUGGUUGGUCUGUGCAUACCAAUGAGACCGAGAAACAGCGGCAAAAUCAGAUACUAACUAAGAAGGAGAUUGCAGUCAUCCUCGAUGUCAUCAAAAGAGCAGAGAGCCUGGAUCUGGUUGAACAGAAGCGGAUUGGUCGCCUUGUUGAACGUUUAGAAAAUAUGAAGAAGAAUGUGAUGGGAAAUGGUCUAGCUCAAUGUUUGUUAUGUGGAGAGUUAUUUGGAUUCCUGGGAUCAACAGCUGUUUUUUGUCAAGACUGCAGGAAGAAAGUCUGCGUAAAGUGUGGAAUUGAAACACUUGGGAGCCAGCGGAGACCCAUUUGGCUUUGCAAAAUAUGCAGUGAGGGAAGAGAGAUUUGGAAGAGGUCUGGAGCUUGGUUUUACAAGGGGUUGCCAAAAUACAUUCUGCCGCUGAAAAGCACUGCAAGAAACACCGAGCUGCAACUGCGACCUAUUCAGAUGGAGCACGGACAAAGUAUUAUUGUCAACCGAUCAUACAGUUGGGCUAAAGGAAGAGUUGUCUCCAGCGACAGUGAAAGUGAAUCAGAGUGCAGUAACUGCAGUCAAGAUGACAAUGUUUCAGCCAACAGCUCAAAGAACCACAAUACAGAAAAAGAAAGAGAGCAAUCUGUUUCGAGCUAUGAGCCAACCAGUAGAACUGCAGCAAGCUAUAAAUUAACCAACACUUUGUCUGAGAGUCGGACCAGUCUUGGUAGUGAACAUGGAGGACGUUCAAGUGCCACAGGGAGCUACAGUGGUGAUGGUCCUGGUGAUGACUGCAGUGAUUUUGACAAGAAUGCACUAGCAGAUGAAAGCAAGCAUGUCUGGCAGUUUGAUAAAACUAGAACACAAGGGCGCAACAUGGCAGAUACUGGAAUUCUGAAAUAAAAACAGAAAAUGCUGAAAAUACUCAGCAGGUGAGGCAGCAUUUUGUGGAGAGAGAAUCAGAGUUGAUGACUUUUGUCAGAACUGAAGAGCUGGAGAUGUAAACGGUUUUAAGCAACUGCAGUGUUAGGGAAAACAGAGGAUGGGGACGAACAAAACAAGGCCUGUGAUAGGGUAGAAGAGAUUAAAUGACAGAAGAGAUCUAGGGUAAAGCAAAAGGUGACAAUGAUUGGAUUAAUAACAAAAAAAAUUAUAAAGGAGAAAUAGAAGUUUCACCAACAGCUUCUGUUCAAAAAAGGGGCAAAGUUUAUAAUCUGAAAUGAAACUCAACAGCUUGAAUUUUGCUGUCAUUACUCUGAAAUGAACAGCGGUGUUUGGAGUCUGCACACAGAACGUUAUGCACUUAAAUCUAGAAGUUGUUGCUAGUAAUUCUACACUUCCCUCAGCUUGCAUAUUGACAUAUUCACAGAUUGCAAAUACAGAAUCAAUGAGAACAUGGGCUUUUAUGUAAUCAGUGUCACUUUAAGUCAUCUCCAAAGAGUUGUCCUUUGCUGAAUGAGAUGAAACUGGAAUUUUAAUGGCAUACUAACUUCAUAAUCAUAAAAGAAAAGUUUUUCCAAUCCCAAAAUCUUAUCUUAUAUUGUGGAAUCUACACUCAUGAUAAAGUUCUAUAUUAUUUAAAUAAUAUGUGUUUUAAUUAGUCUUCCACAUUAAUCUCAGGCAUGUGUUCCAAUUGUUUAUUUUGUUCUCCAUUCAUCACUUGUAAUUAUCAUUUGCAAUCAAUACAUUUACUUCCAUCUAUAAGAAUAUUUCAGUGUAACUGGCACUUAACCUGCUUGCUGUCUUCACUUCUGCUGGGUACGUGGUGAUCAUGUUGCUUUGGCACCAGAUUUAAUCUGCUGUCAAGAAAGGGAAGUCCAUGCAACAAGAUCAUGAGAACACAGAUGCUUAGAUCUUUGUAGACAUAUUUGCCACUGGCUUUAAGAGUGCACUUGUCUAUAUGCUUUGGACAGUCUGGUUAGCAUCUGCCCAUCUCUUAAUGAACAUGAUAUUUUCUUCAUUCUACUAGUACAGUAUUUCUCUCCUACUCCAUUACAAGUUGCUAUCUAGACUGCUCUUGUAACAUCACAAUGGAACUUGUAAGAAUCAGUCACAUUGUUAUGUGUCGAGAGUGUGCUGCUGGAAAAGUACAGCUGGUUAGACAGCAUCGAGGAGCAGGAGAAUUGACAUUCAAGCUA